AAGUCUCUGACGUGUAGGGAAGUCGCGCCCGACCAUGGUCCUACAUCACUUUCUUCACUUGCUCUUCACUCCUCUUCUCUUCUCUUCACUUUCUCUUCUCUACAACUCUGAAAUCCGUAGCACCACUCAUAUAACAGCUACAUCAAGCCCACACCUACAAUUUCCUACCAGCGAUGGCGUCCAUCACAUCGCUCGCCAACGAGUUGCUGGUCAAUGUCGCGUCCUCGCUCGAUCAGCAGUCACUCUGCAGCCUCAACCUUGUCAGCAAAAAAUUCAGCCCUAUCGCGCGGGACAUCCUCUACAGCCGACCGUAUAUACCCCCACCAUAUGGCCGUGACGGAUUGCGAACGGAGCCGGACGAUCGGCUGCUUCAUCUUAUCCGCACACUGCUCGACAACCCGGAGUACGCGGAGAAGGUCCACCGGCUUACUUUCAGCACGGGCCUAUGUCGCGUGCCAGAGGAGGGAUUUGGCUUUGCGGAGAUGCGGCGCAAAGGUGUGGAAGUAGUUCGGAAAUUUGCUUCGGCAAGUGUACGGGAAGACUGGAUUGCCAAGCUGGACUUGGGAGACCAUGACGCAUGGGGAGGAGUUCUGCUGGCUAUCGUUCCCACGUUGAAGGUGCUCGAAUUUCAGCCCUUAAGCGUUACUCCAGAGGAUGGCCCGACGUAUCACAUAUGGCAGAAGCUAUUUCGAGGCGAUAAGAUGGGCGGCACCAUUGACCUGAACCUCAUACCUGGCUUGAAGGGUCUGCAACAUCUUCAUUUCUACGGCGAUUACUUCCAAUGGGAAUGGCUCAAGCUAUCGUCUCUUCAAUUCCUCCGUCUUGGCGUAGUAUGCCAUAUGCCUGUACCUGAGGAAAUGGCAAAUCACGGCAUCUCACCUGGUACUAUAUCGGCCAUUACGACUUUGGCGAUAACGCAAAGGGUUCCCUUCGAUUCUCAUGCCGUACAGCCCCAUCUGGGCCACUCACUAGCCCACCCGAUAUUCUCCAACAUGGCGCGCCUGGAAGUUCACAUCAGCAACCUGCUGCACCUUCCAGAUCCCGGCAGAGGACCUGGAACGCUUGUACGACUAUAUGACGCUUCCCGUCACUGCGGCGAUUGGGACUAUCUCGGACCUCAACUAGAGUACCUCUCAGACAGACUCGAGAGCUUCUGGCUGGGUGUGAAGAGCGGGGAGGACCCCGGGUUUUUGGAUUCCAUCAAUCCUUUCGGGACUCUUCCUUCGCCAACCACCCUUACUGUCCUCACCAAGCUCAAGACACUCGUCCUGCCGCAAGACGCACUCUUCAAAGAUGGCGAGCCUAUUCCAGACCUCUGCCAACUGCUUCCCGCUAGCUUGCAAACUCUUGGACUCCUGUACCCCACUAAGCAACUGUGCGACUUUCUAGAUUGCUUUCUCCUUAGCAUGGGCUCUUUCCCACACCUGCGGACCCUAGAACUUCACUGCCGGAAUGAUCGAGGCGUUGAUUAUCCGACCAUGUGUUCAGACGACAAUCCGAAAUGGGACGAGCUCAAGGAAGCGGGGUUUGCCGUCGAAAUCUACCAUUAGCUAAGGGCGAACGAGCGGAAUGUUGACAUGUUAGUUGGAUGGGUGUGGAGGAUUCAGUCAUGAAUGACAACUGGAGCAGGGAGGGGGAUGAAAUGUCAAAGGCAUGGCAGCAGCUAUAGCCAAAAUCGAGGAUUGAGCUAGUGGCUUGCUUGAUUUGGCUGGACGGGUUUAGGAUAGCCUUUUGAGGAUC